AUGAAUAGUGAGCGAGGAAAGCUCAAUCGGGAAGCUCAGGGACAACUUAAGACCAGCGGAUCGGGGAAGGGAGAAUACGAGAGAGAAGACUAUCUGGGGGUUGAUAGUAAUCUCAUACCUUUCGGUAGUCUAUUUUCGAGGUCAUACACAAUUACACUGUCCUCCGCUUCGGUCCGACAUAAAGUAAAGGGGCCAAGUGAGUUCCCGAACACACAGGUUAUCGCUACGCCUGAAGAACAAGUAGUCCUUUCUUUACUCCCGCAUCGCUUGCUCUACUCCCCGCCAUAUUCCGUCUUUCUCUACUCCUUGAUAAUCCCCGAAUAG